AUGUCUGCAGUAUUGCAUGAAAAUGAUCACUCCGUCCAUGCAGGCUACAUUACUGUGGACCACCAGAGAGGCAGAAAGCUCUUCUUCUACUUUGUGACCAGCGAGAGGGACCCAGCCUACGACCCUGUGGUGCUGUGGCUAAAUGGUGGCCCUGGCUGCUCCUCCUUUGAUGGGUUCCUCUUCGAGCAUGGCCCUUUGCGCUUCAAGCUCAACAAUGCCUCCAAUGGCCUUAGUAUUACCAGAAAUGUGGGCGCAUGGAGCCAGGUUGCCAACAUGCUGUAUCUGGACUCACCAGCCGGGGUCGGGCUGAGCUAUUCAGCCACUCCAGAGGACUACACCACAAAUGACACCCACACGGCGCACGACUCGAACAUCUUCCUGCGGAGUUUCUUCCAGGAAUUUGACGAGUUUGCCAAGCUGCCUUUCUACAUAUCAGGCGAGAGCUAUGCAGGGGUGUAUGUACCAACACUUGUCAAGGAGGUGCUGGAGGGCAAUGCCAAUGGCCAGCACCCCAAGAUUGAUCUGCAGGCAAGUCAUCAGACGUACUGCAUGCCCAUAUUGCAUGGUUAUCUUAUUGGCAACGGAGUGACUGACCCAGAGACCGAUGGGAAUGCUCUCGUGAGCUUUGCCCACUUCAAGUCGCUCAUAUCUACAGAGCUGCACUCUGCACUUGUUGCGCAGUGCAAUGGGAGCUACUGGGAUGCCCAGCCUGGCACCAAGUGCGCGGACCUCUUAGACGAGCUCAACACCGAUGUUGGCCAUCUGAACCUGUACGACAUCCUGGAGCCCUGCUACAAUGGCGCUCAGCCUGGCAAUGGACAGCAGCAUGUGCAGGCGCUGCGCAGAGCCGCAGCAGCUGGCAUCAAAGGGGGAGGCAUGAUGUGGCCACUGGGGGGUGUGGUGCUGGAAGGGGCGCUGGUGCCUAAUUGGGCGCAUCUGCUGGGGCGGCAGCUGGGAGAGCACCCACCCUGCCUCGACCACAGGGAGCUGAGUGUGUGGCUGGAUGACGAGGCAGUGCGCAAGGCGCUGCAUGCUGCUCCAGUGGACACCACUGGGCCUUUUCAGGAGUGCACCAGCAGAAUUUCCUACACUCACGAUCUGGGAUCGAUGAUUCCCACCCACCGCCAGCUCUUGAAGCAAGGCAUGCGGGUGCUCAUCUAUAAUGGCGAUCAUGACAUGUGCGUGCCGCACACUGGAGCUGAGACGUGGACAAGGGGAUUCGGAUUGCCUGUUCUGGACAAAUGGAGGCCAUGGCAUGAAAACACGCAGGUGGCGGGAUACGUUGUGGAGUACGAGGGGCUUACGUAUGCAACCAUUCUCGGCGCAGGACAUUUCACUCCCGAAAUGAAGCCGCUUGAGUCCCUUGCAAUCUUCAAGAGAUUUUUGUACAACAAGAAAUUGUGA